AUUAUGAAGGAGAUGGUUGGGGGAUGCUGCGUAUGCUCCGACGAACGCGGAUGGGCAGAAAACCCACUCGUUUAUUGUGAUGGAACUGGUUGUAAUGUCGCCGUACACCAAGCUUGUUACGGUAUUGUUCACGUGCCAACGGGACCUUGGUUCUGCAGGAAGUGCGAGUCUCAAGAACGGACGGCAAGAGUGAGAUGUGAACUUUGCCCGCAGAAGGACGGAGCCCUGAAGAGAACUGACACUGGUGUGAGCUGGUGCCAUGUUGUUUGUGCACUGUUUGUACCUGAAGCCUGGUUUGCCAAUGUGCAGACCAUGGAGCCAAUCGUGCUCAAGAAUGUUCCACCAGAGAGGUUUCACAAGACUUGCUACAUUUGUGAGGAACACGAACGCAGCAGUAAGGCUACCCAGGGUGCUUGUAUGCAGUGUAACAAGAACGGUUGUAAACAGAACUUCCAUGUUACCUGUGCUCAGGCUCAUGGGUUGCUGUGUGAAGAAGCUGGUAACUAUGGUGACAAUGUCAAGUAUUGUGGAUACUGUGCUUAUCACUACAAAAAAUUGAAGAAAGAUGCCAAUAUCAAAAUCAUCCCUGCAUUCAAGCCAAUACCAGCAGACAAUGCUACGCCUGACAAUUCACCAGAGAAAAAUCUCAAUUCUAACAAGAACUUCAAAAAAGGAAAUAAGGCUGAGGCUAAGUAUACAUCUUCAGAAUUGUUCGCCCAGCAACGGGAGUCACGUUCACAAAUCCCAAGUUCUUACCCAACUGCACCACCAGUUGGUGCUGAAGUACUCAAGGAACGGGAAACUAGUACACCUCCACUGUCACACAGUAGUGGUAUAGGUACUUCAGACUCGUCUGCAGUAAGUUCCACAGAAUCACCAUCUAUGGAUGAACAAGAUUCUGCAAUCACAGAUCUCGCUCACAAUGUUGAUCCAAAACUUCCCCUGGUUGCAGAACCAAAAUUUAUGGCUCCAAAUUCCAAUGACUCUAGUAUGAUGGGUUCAACAAGUGCAGCAACAAGUUCCUUAGGAGCUCCAGCUACUUCAUUCUCAGGAGUUCUAGAGAACUUUGUGAGUGGAGGGGCGUCAGUGUCAAGGCAACAUUCCCUGGACGAUUCGAUGACUGAAGAAGAUGAUGAUUCUGAUGUCAUGGAUGGCAAACGAUCAAGAUCAAGGUCCCAAGAAAAAGGAGAUAAAAAAGUGAAAAGAUUAAAACCAGGACAGGGUUCAUCAGGUUCGAAAAAGGUCAAAUCAGGGUCACAAAAUGUGAAGGAAUCUUCACCUCCUGGAACAAAAAAGGCCAAAUGGAAAGGUGACGGAACCAUCAGCAGCACUGUAGCUGGACUGGCAGGAAUGAAUAGUUUUGCUACAUUUGGAGGAAGUCCAUACUUUCAAAGUCUUAGUGCACCGAGCCCGCUGUCUUUGUCGUCAUCAUUUGGACCAACAAGUAAUUUGAAUGCUGUGAGUCCUGAAUUGGAUGGCAGUAGUGAGUUAACAGGUGUGCCGAAAAUGUUUCCGAGUCUUGCCUCAUCACCAUCUAAACAAGAAAACUGUGAGUUCCCAACCAGUUUGGAUCAGUUGUUAGAACGGCAGUGGGAGCAAGGCUCACAGUUUCUAAUGCAGCAGGGCCAACACUUUGACACUCAAAUCAACCCAGCAGCUCUCUCAUCAUCAGCUUUGACAGUUCCUGUGGGUAUUCCUCAUCAUACAAUACAGACUUGUCAACCAUCCUACAAUAUUUCACAUUCUAUCGGGAACCUGCCCAGCAAUGCCAUGUCAACUACAUCAGCUAUAGCUACAGCGGAGAGUGCACAGCAGUUGUCUCAGCAUAAACUACAGAAUCAUCUCACAAACAAGGAUAACACUUGA